AUGACCAUCGCCUCGCUACGAACGUUGGUCGCCCAGAUCCCCAACUGGCAGAGCCGCCUCGACAAGCUGGUAGCUGAGAUUGCUCAACGACAAAACGGCCUAUCCAGCAUAGAAAAUGGCCACCAACACCAGUCUGCCACGCCGACCCCAGAACCCGACACGCAGGCCUCGGCCACCAACUCGACGACACCCGGACCGCAUCUAGUCGACACCAUGAAUAUUGAUUCUGCCACUUCCGCCGACAGCCAGCAGCCGACGACACAUUCCAUCGGUAAUGGCCUAGUAGCCAAGAAGACGAAGCCCGAGCCGGUGUACUUUGACGGGAGCAUGCAAAAGUUCUUUGAGGAGCUCGUUCACUUCAUCGCCGUCAGCAGGAACAUGAUGCGCAAAGCCAAAAUGUCUGCCCGAAUCGCCCAAAUCAAGAAAAUGGCCGAAGUCGAAAUUAGUGAUGAAUUUGGCGAUGGCACAUCCGAACGACCUACAUUACGCUACGUCAGUGCCCGGAGACUGGACUCACUCGGCCCCCCAGCCACCACCGGCACGAAGCCGGGACGCGGGCCCGACAUUUUCGACGCUCUCGACAAGAACCUUGACAACCUCCAGGCCACCUGCGAGUUGGCCGCCUUUCAGUUCCUGCGCGAGGCAUCCGACAACAAGCACAUGAAGAGCGUUAAGAAGCUUCUCGGUGACGUGUUGAACUCGGCCUCGAGCGAGCUGGCCCGUCUCGCGCGUGACGAGCCCGACAUGAUCCAGGACGCCGAUGCUGCCGCGUCUCGCACCAAGAGACCGCUGAGCAUGCGCAAGGAGCUUCCCGCCGGGGCCAAGCCGACAGAGGCUCCCAACAAGCGGCAGAACACGGGUCAGCUUAGCCCAUCGACGAGUUUGCCCUCGAUUGGACAUAUGGAGGUGGACCUGACCGCUCUUCAAAACGACGAGCACAUGGCACCGCAGGUCAUUCACAUGCCGGCCAACGUACGCGUGUAA